AUGGCCGUAGAUGCCGUAGAAGAGACGCCCUCAAUGUUGCCACCGUUGUCGCCGCCGCCGCCGCCGCCGCCCUACCAAGUCAGGUCGACGACGAAGGGGAAGCGGUCGAAGCACUCGCGCCUCUCCCCCUCUUCUUUUCCCAAAGUUUCCGAUGAGGAUGCUGACCGCCUCGGCCACCAUUGCUUCUACACCGAGGAGGAGUUCGACGCCCUUUGCCUCGUGAUGCUCUCCCGCGGCGUCAGUAGCGGAGCAGCGUUCGAACACGAACAUGUGCUGUCGUCACUACCGCCUCCGAAAGCACAGUCCUAUGAGUGCUCUGUGUGCGGGAAAGGUCCUUGUCCUACCAGGCACUCGGGGGGCACAAGACCAGCCACCGGCAGCCCGCACCGUCUGGGCGUUGGGCAGGACGGAGGCGGCGAGCCCGACGACGAGGGCCUCGCAAUGGCGGAGGCGGCCCGCAGCGCAGCGACGGGGCGGAAGCCAAGGGAGUCAGAAAAUAGAGAGUAA